AUGACGUCGAAACUGAAGCCCACGCUGGAGGAGAUUAAGGGCCUUGUGGCUAGGAAAGCGGGAAACAUUAUUCCUGUCCAUCAAGACAUUUCCGCUGAUUUAAUUACACCUGUUUCCGCGUAUCUGAGAUUGUCGGAAAGCAGUGAUUAUUCUUUCUUGUUUGAGUCUGUUUCUGGUGGUAUGAGCGAGAUUGCGCCUCAUGUUUUGGCUGCGAAGGAUGCCAGUGAUUCACUCCACUUCGUAAUUCGUACCGGCGAUAACGAAGCGGUGCAAGGCGAUCCACUUAUUGUGGUUGAAAACGAACUGAAAAAUAUCAAGUAUGUCCACGUACCUGGAAUUCCCGAGUUCACUGGUAAGAGAAUUAUAGCAGGAUGUAUACCUAAGAACGACGUUAAGCAUUAUCUGGUUGCAAUAGGUGGUGCCAUUGGAUACAUCGCCUAUGAUUGCGUGCGAUAUUUUGAGCCCCGCACUGCAAAGAAACUUCGUGACCCCAUUGGUAUUCCCGAUGCAAUUUUGAUGUUUUGCGACACGAUUGUCGUGUUCGAUCAUCUCCACCACAUAAUGAAGGUCGUGAGCCAUUUCCGAGUCGAUAACACGGAAAGUGAAGCAUAUCAGAUUGAGAUGGAAUACGCUCGGGUUACUGCCGAGAUUCAAAAAGUGGUUCAGUUACUGAAUAGCGAACACAUACCCCUUCCCAAGCAACCUCCAAUCGAACUGAAUCAACCAAGCGAAUCGAACGUCGGGAAAGAAGGAUACGAAAAUUUUGUGAAAAAGCUUAAGCACCAUAUCAACGAAGGUGACAUCAUUCAAGCAGUACCUUCGCAACGAUUGAAGAAGCGGACGUCAUUGCACCCUUUCAACGCAUACCGGCAGUUGCGCAGUGUUAACCCCUCACCGUAUAUGUUCUACGUGGAUGUAAAAGAUUUCCAGAUUGUCGGUGCCUCUCCGGAGAUGUUGAUUAAGGUUGAAAACAAUAUUGUCUACACGCAUCCCAUUGCCGGUACUCGUAAGCGCGGAAAAACUCCCGAGGAAGAUGAUGCUCUUGCCGCAGAUCUCCUUGGUGAUCUGAAAGAGAGAUCGGAACAUAUUAUGCUUGUGGAUCUCGGCCGGAACGACGUAAACCGCAUUUGCCAACCUAGCACGGUGAAAGUUGAUUCGCUUAUGCACAUUGAACGUUACAGUCAUGUUAUGCACAUUGUCAGCAAUGUUUCUGGUAAACUACGACCGGACAAAACUGGUUUCGACGCUUUUCGAUCGAUUUUCCCAGCUGGUACUGUCAGCGGGGCCCCCAAAGUUAAGGCUAUGGAGCUCAUAUAUGAACUCGAGGGUGAAAAGCGUGGCAUCUACGCUGGAGCUGUGGGUUACUUUGCCUACUCGGGAAGUAUGGACACGGCAAUCGCUAUCCGGACUAUGCUGUUCAAGGAUGGUUAUGUCUAUUUGCAAGCUGGAGCAGGCAUUGUAUACGAUUCGGUCCCUGUGAGCGAAUGGGAGGAAACCGUCAACAAGCUGAAAUCAAAUGUCACGGCUAUCGAGAAUGCCGAAAUGUACUAUCACAGUCGUAAAAUUCAACAGAAGGAAACCCCUCUUCUGGAGCAAAUUCUUAUCGAACAAGACAACUUCACUGUGUAUCCACACUACCACUGA